CAACAGCCGCCAGGUGAUGGAGUCACCCCAAAAUUCGAAACGAGGCACCGGCAGAGCGCACUGACUCCCGCCCCAUGCGUGCCGCACCCCAUCCCCGGGCCGUCCCGGCGCUGCCUCCGCACCCGUUGCCCCCGCGCUCACACCUCAGCCCCCGCAGCCCGCACAGCCCCGAUUCCCGCAGCCCUAACGCUCGCUGCCUUUCGCUUGCAGGUGAAGAUCUGGUUCCAGAACAAGCGCUCCAAGUUUAAGAAGCUGCUGAAGCAGGGCAGCAACCCCCACGAGAGCGACCCUCUGCCCGGCUCCGCCGCGCUGUCCCCGCGCUCCCCGGCGCUGCCGCCGGUCUGGGACGUUUCGGCGUCUGCCAAGGGCGUCAACAUGCCCCCCAACAGCUACAUGCCCGGCUAUUCCCACUGGUACUCCUCUCCACACCAAGACACAAUGCAGAGACCGCAGAUGAUGUGAACUGUCUGAGACAACCCACGGCCCGAGGACGCCCGGCGCGGCCCGGCCCGAGCAGAGCGGCGGUGCGGGGAGGGUUCGCCUAUCGUUUGUGUCAUUUUUUUGAAGUAACCUCAGCGAUCGCUCUCGGGCAGAAUGAGCCACGUCCCACUGCGGCGCGGGGGAGACGCUUCUCUAUGUUCACUCGGACCCCGGGGCACCGCCGCCUCUUUCCGUGCGGAGUGCAUGGACUUUUGGCUGACUUCGCCCUCGAGAAGGACCCGAACCGCAGCGGGGCCGUCUCUCUGUGUUUCGUGAGCUACGGACACUCCGCGGUGAGAGACUGCUCCGAGCUCCCUCAUUGUCAUUCCCCGAAUGCGGAAUGGGGGAAAAAAUUAAACGGGGAGAGAAAAGGAGGGGCAACGAAACGAAGAGGGAAAACAAAUUAAAUAAAAAGAACUGGUUGCGAAUGAAAAUGUACCGCGAGCUCGGAGCACGGUCACGCAGCGCGGACUGCACGCGUACGAGGAGCGGCUGCAGCCCGACGGGAACCGCACGGAGAGCCGCCAGCAGCCCCGCACCCUGGGAGCCCCGGCGGACCGACAGCCGGACGGACGGUCGGACUGACAGGCAUACAGCCGGACUGACAGCCGGACUGACAGACAGCUGGACCCGCGGAGCAGCCCGACACCCCGCUCCUGCUGCUGGACCUCCCUCCCGAGCGACCUUUCUGUAUAUAUUGUUGAAUUUUAGCUGUACAUAAUACUUUGUAUGGUUUGGUCUCCUUUCAUAUCUAGAGUAAAAGCCACCAAGCGC